GCAAAGACUUUCCAUUAAUUUUUAUUUUUAAUUUUCCUCCACUCAUAAAGAUGGAGGAGGCGUAUACAGCGCUGUAUCAGGAGUUUGUCCGUCUCCAGUCUCUCUGCUUAAAACAAGCAGCAAUGCUACAACAUCUCUCUGACACAGUGCAACGACAACAAGAGUCGGCCAACUUGUGCACGUGUACAGCGAACAAGACGGGACACCAACCCCAUCCUGCAGAAUCCCGGAGACAUCCCACUGAAACACACAUACUGAACCCUCAAACUGCUCAUGAUCUCAGUCACAUUGAUAGAGGAUUAGACCAACUGCAUCUUAACCUGGACGUGUCCGAUCAGAAACAAGGUAGCCACGAUAAUGUGGUUUUCCAUAAUCCCGUAAAGACGGUGGAAAACAGUGCCUGGGAUGACCUGAGGAAAGUUGAGCAACAUUAUUAUGCAAACCAGACUUCACAACGGCUGCGGAGGCCCUGGUCAUCCUCCUUUCUGGACAGCGAGUUGAUCAGUCAAGCCGGAGGGCUGUUCAUGUCUGGAAUGACGCUGCAGUCGCAGGUGUGUGAGUUCUGUCACGCUGUGUUUCCGGGACACACAAGCACCCGUGGAGAGUUUCUGCGUCACCUCACUACACACAUGACCUGAAGAAAAGCAGUGCUGGGAAUCAAAUUCACA